UGUAGCCUCUGAUCUUAGGCAGGGCAUACUAACACCUUACUCUUGUGCGUGACACUUGACAUCUUGCAACUACACUCGACUUCGGCUCCGUUCAAAAACGACCAAGUGGACAUUAUGGCCGUUUCAAGCAGCUCUCAAGCCGGGCUGGACACCUUCGAGAAGCUCGAGAUCGAGUACGAGCACGCAUACGGCAACAAUCCGCUCAAGAAAGCAUGCGUGGAGAAGGCGAUCCCACUUCUCCCGCGAGGAGGACGAGUGCUCGACGUAGGCUGCGGCACCGGCAAGCCCGUGGCGGAAAUGCUCUCCCUCGCGGGCCACGAGGUACUCGGCGUCGACAUUUCUCCUCGCAUGGUGCAUCACGCGAGCGCUCGCGUCAAAGGCAGCUUCAUCGUCGCCGACAUCCUGACGUAUGAGCCGGAGGGAGAAUUCGCCGCCAUUUUCAUCAUGUUCUCCUUGCUACAAUUGACGUCCUACGCCGAGUUCCACGACGUUAUGUUCAGAUACGCCAAGCACGUCCAGCCGAAUGGCUACUUGGUGUUCGGCACCGUGCCGGCAGAUAACUACGUGAAGAAUGGAGAAGACUACGAUGCGACGGGGACCUAUGCCGUCAACUACCCCGUACCAUUCAUGGGCGUGCCGGAGUCCAAUCUGGUCUUCUCAAACGAGGGACUGGUCCGGUUUGUCUCCUCCCUCGGUUUCCGAGUCGUCCGCAAUGACUUGGGCAUUUUCAAGCCGGACGACAAACGGUGCGAACCCGAACACCAACAGUAUCUGGUCGCUCAGAGAGUCGGGGAUGGACAAGUGCGAAGGCCGCAGCCAGACCCAACCCGAUGAACGUGCAAACGGCCACAACCCGAAAAUCCGCUUCUUGGCCCUACCGACUCUGUCUUUGAAGCACCCCAACCAGCAUUAUUGCUACGCGGAGAAUCGCUUGGUUGGAAUUCACCGGCCGAGUGGACCGGGAAUGAUGUCAGCCCCGCAGCGCUCCCCCAGAAUUCCCGCUGAGCCAAUCCUACAGCCUCGUGCUCGAGUUCACAUGCUGGUUAUGUUGCAAUGC